AUGAAAAGUAUUAUCUUGGUGUUUUCUUUAAGUUUACACCGACAAAUAAUUCGAUUAGGAAUCUUUGCCUUAUCAAAUAAAGGCAAAAAAAUCAAUUUGAAAUAGAUUUAUCAGAUUUUAAUUGUAGAAUUAAAAGAAAUAAAAUAUCAUAUUUGCUUACCCUUAAGUGAUGAUUUCGAAGAAGAAAUCAAUCUAUUAAAUGAUUAUAGUCUCUCAAUAGCAAAUAAAGUAUAACAAUAAGAACUUAGUUUUAAGUGCAUCGUUAAAAAGAACCAAACUAAAUUCAUUUGCUGA